AUAGGGCUCUGCUUUUUUAGGGCUCUUGGGCGGGAUGGUCCCGGUGGAAUGGGUGGAUGCCGACGAGUGGGCGGCCAUCGAGCUCGCAUUGAGCGCCGUGGAGCCCAGAUCGGACACGCUGGCAGGGCGACGCGGCAUUCAACCCCAGGAAGCGGCGAUGGCGAGCGAUGAACGUCCCGACGCGAAGAGGGUACGUAGGCAGCUGCCUGCUUCGUGGCUUACUCCUCCUGUUAGUCAAUAUGGAGCGAAGAGCAAAUUGCCUCGUCUGGAAUUCAAGGGAAGGAUUGUCUACUCGAGCACAGCGGAGGAGGCCGAGAGUGCCGCUGCCGAAUUGCUGCAAAGCAUUGAGUCCUUGAAAGCCGACGGCACACGGGACAUAGUCUUGGGAUUUGACACCGAGUGGAAGCCUUCAUUUGAACGAGGAGCUGUGCCCGGAAGAACUGCAGUUUUGCAGCUGUGCCUGGACAGCUCUCGGUGCUACGUUUUCCACAUUUUCCACUCGGGAAUCCCUCCACAAUUACAGAAACUCCUGGAAGAAGAAACAAUCUGGAAGGCUGGUAUAGGAAUAAGUGGAGAUGUCUCUAAACUGAAGCUCGACUAUGGCGUCACUGUGACUGGGAGUGUCGACCUCUCCGCCUUGGCGAAUCAAAAGCUCAAAAGAAGUCAGAGCUGGAGCCUGUCAAGCCUCGCGGAAGAACUUACGUGCAAAGUGAUUGACAAGCCCACGGACAUUCGAUGCGGUGACUGGGAGCUCCAGCCUUUAUCUCCAGCACAACUUAGCUACGCUGCCACUGACGCUUUCGCAUCACUCCAUCUCUAUCAGGCGCUUGCUAGUUUCUCCAAUCCAGUGAUCCAACAAAGUCCCAGCGAACAAAAGUAAUACUUCAUCUACGGGUUUCCCAGUGUCAAGGCAUGACCACGGCGGAAACUCUAAGAACAGUUGUCCAAGGCUCCGGGUUACGAUCAUCAGCACCACCAAGCACAGUGCGUUUCUCUGCGUUUUUUAGCUCUCCGCUCCGGCUGAGAAGAUCUACAAGAAUGCAUCCGACGCAACAAUGCGAUGGUCUUCCACCAUUCUAGCGAAACAGGCGAAAUUCGUCAAGCAAACCAGACGAGGAAAGAAACCUGGUUUGGCUCGACACCAUCAAGCUCAGUAGCUGCAAACUCCUGCCUUCUCCAAGGCGUGUGAGGCCACCAUGGCCGUCCACAGGACCACAUUUCUCUAUCUUCCAAAUGCCCAUUUUGGGCAUGCUUGAAACAAUAUUGUCCAUGAUAUAAUAUUGGGCUCUUUGAUGCCAUGGAGUUUCAAA